AUGGAUGCUCCAAUACACACUAUCCUCGUUCGAGAGACAUCAGCGCAUCCCGUCCAGGCAAUGUUGCUUGCCGUCUUUCUCUGCCUGGCCACCAUAUUUCUUGUAAUUGGUCAGAUUUUUACUCCGAUGGGAAAGCGUCGAGUUCCAGGGAAGGAAUGGAAACUGCCGCCGGGACCUCCAGGUCUCCCUAUUCUGGGGAAUCUGCUCGACUUGAAAAGUGCCCGCAGUGAUCCCGACUUCAAAUGGGUUAACUCCCUCACCCAGUACGGUGAAAUGGCCACCGUGCACCUAGGGAGCAAAACGUGGAUCUUUCUGAACAGCCAAAGAGUCGUAUCAGAGAUCAUAGCAAAGCGUGGCUCCAUCACAAACGGCCGGUCCCCAAUGCCUGUCGCCAGCGGAAUCGUCAGCCGCCAUAGCCGCUCUCUUAUUUUGCCUCCUGCUGGAUGGACUGAGAAGCGUCGAGUGAUGCAUUCGCUACUUAGUGGGACCGCUCUGCGGCAGUACGGCGCCUGGCAGGAGCUCGAGAGCACACAGCUUCUGGCUGAGUAUUUGUUCCAGCCCCAGAGAUGGUACCGCCACCAUUACCGCUACGCCAACUCGGUCGUGCAUCGUAUCGCGCUCGGGGAGCGUUUGACGAAGACCAACAAAGAGCUGGCGGAUCUGCAGGACGUAGUCACAUACUUCGUUGGCAGCAUAGGGUCUAGCAUGGUUGAUUGGUUUCCCGAGCUAGACGCGCUACCUCGGCGGCUGCAGCCCUGGCGCAGAUAUUGGGAGAAGCUGGGACAGUGGAACUACGAGGUUUACCGAUCGUGGUGGGUGCCGGUGCGUGAAAAAGUCGAGGCAGGCACUGCACCGCCCUCGUUCGUCAGGGAUGUACUCCUCCACGAGGAUACCAAGUUCACAGGCGAUGACCAGGAGGCGAUGUAUGUAACGAUGCAGCUCAUUGAGGCGGGCAGCGAUACCACCCGGGAGGUUCUCAACAUCUUCGUCAUGUCGGCACUCUGCUAUCCCGAGGUCUUUCAGAAGGCAAGGGCAGAGGUGGACCGGAUCUGCGUGACGGACCAGGAACAGUUGCGUCUGCCGGGGCUUGAUGAUAUGGAACGGAUGCCAUAUAUCUGCGCUAUCAUUAAGGAGCUCCUUCGCUGGAGGCCCAUAUUCCCUCUAACCCCGGACCAUGUCCUGACUUCCGAUCUGGAAUUCGAAGGGUACCAUAUCCCCGCUGGAGUGGGUUUUGUGAUCAACGAGAUUCCCGUGUGCAAUGAGUGCGAGAAGCCAGACGUCUUCAAGCCGGAACGGUGGCUCGACGGUCAUGAAGCCGAUGUUGCACAUGGCCUGUGGCAAUUUGGCGGCGGAAGACGUAUCUGCGUGGGAUAUCGCUUGGCCCAAAGAGGGCUGUUCAUCAAUGUCGCCCGGCUGGCUUUUUGUUACAACUAUGCGGCGUCCGGUCCCAUUGAUUCUCGACGUCUCAACCAUCAUUUGACCGAGGAACCAUUCCCAGUGAAGGUGACACCGAGAAGCGAACAACAUGCACAGCUGAUAAUUGAGGAGGCAUCACGAGAAGGGGUCCUAGAGGAUUCAAAAUCUCGGCCUUGA